UAGUCAAUUCACUUGCAAAGAAACGCAGUUCAGAAUCACGAGUUCACAACGUAGUUGAAAUCUUCAGUGUUUCUUCAGCUUUUUUUCCCCCUCUAAAUCAUUGCAUUUAGAUGAUUGUAUCAGACAAACACAUGCAUCCGACCCUUUCUCGGCAACAGUGGCAGUUCAUUACCCUUUCACCGGUGUAAACCUCUGAAACCCUAGCUCCCCAGGUACUGUUUCCAUUGUCCGUCCCUCGAUGAUGAUCCAAAGUUGAAAUCUUUCACCUGCUGGUGAUUAAUCUGACAAAACCCACUUGAUUUAGAGGAUCGAUGAUGUCGGAAAAGACCUUGCUCUCCUCGAAGUUCCUCCUUUUCAUGAUUACCAUCUCAAUGGUGCUCUUCAUUUUCUCUUCUCUCUUCUUUCUCCAAUACACCAAUACUCCCUUCACUUCGGGAUUAAUUCUCAAGCUGAUUCUUCCUAGCAACACCACGAACGACCCGUUCCCUUCUCGUCUAAAUGAUGACAAACACGUUAGUGCUCGUGGAGAAUCUUCUUGUGAGAAGCCUUGUUCUAAUUUUGUUUCAUGUGAUCGAAACCAGCCUAUGUUAAAGGUGUUCAUGUAUGAUUUCCCUCCUGAAUUUCACUUUGGUUUGAUGGGUUGGAAGAAAAAAGGGGCUCAGAUUUGGCCUAAUGUGAAGGAUCUGAGUAUGAUUUCGUCGUAUCCCGGUGGUUUGAAUUUACAACAUAGUGUGGAGUAUUGGCUUACACUUGAUAUUCUAGCUUCUGAGACACCUGAAAUAGUGAGACCACCAUGCAGUUCAAUUAGAGUCAAGAACUCGAGUGAAGCCGAUGUAGUUUUUGUGCCGUUCUUCUCCUCUUUGAGUUAUAAUCGCCGUUCUAAGCCCCGUGGGAAUGGGACGACUAGCGUUGACAGAUUGUUGCAGGACAGAUUGGUGGAGUUUCUAACGGGUCAGGAUGAAUGGAAGAGAUUUGGUGGGAAAGAUCAUGUGAUAGUGGCUCAUCAUCCGAACAGUUUGUUUUAUGCAAGAAACGCCCUUGGUUCCGCAAUUUUCGUUCUUGCGGAUUUCGGAAGAUAUCCAUCCGCGGUUGCAAAUCUUGCAAAAGACGUGAUUGCGCCCUAUAUGCACGUCAUGAAGACAGUACCUGGUGGUGAAUCUGACCCAUUUGAGAAGCGUCCGAUAUUGGCGUAUUUCCAAGGAGCAAUCUACCGGAAAGACGGUGGAACUAUUCGGCAGGAACUGUACUACCUUCUCAAAGACGAGAAAGAUGUCCACUUUUCCUUUGGAACCGUAAAAGGGAACGGGAUUAACGAAGCUAGCAAAGGAAUGGCUUCCUCGAAAUUUUGCCUGAACAUUGCAGGUGACACCCCAUCAUCCAACCGUCUCUUUGACUCUAUCGUGAGCCAUUGUGUUCCGGUUAUAAUCAGCGAUGACAUUGAACUUCCAUUCGAAGAUGUUCUGGACUACUCUCGGUUUUCCAUGUUCGUUCAUGCUUCAGAUGCUGUAAAGAAAGGGUACUUGGUGAAUCUUCUUAGAGGGAUAACCCGAGACCAGUGGACGGAGAAGUGGGAAAGGUUGAAACAAGUGGUCGGAUACUUUGAGUAUCGGUUUCCAUCUCGGCCCGGAGAUGCAGUCGAUAUGAUUUGGGCUUCGGUUUCACGUAAGCUUUCUUCGGUUCGGUUUGAUGCUCAUAGGAAGAAGAGGUACGACAGGUCGGAAACAUACUCUGCAGAAAGAUACAUAUACAAUUAAGCUUUCAAGGUUAUCAUCUUCUCCUAAAACCAAAAAGGGCAAAGAAGCAAAGGAAGAAGAAACCAAGCGGACUGUCGAACGAAAUCUGAAGAACUGGAGUUUCUGCCUUCAAACAUUCAUUGAUCUGUUAUGUAUAGGAUCAGAUCCUCGUCCGAUCUUUCUGUUGUCAGAUUGGUUCGGAUCGAUUGUAGCCAAAGGUGCCGGUGCCGCGCCAAGGACGACUUAACUGACAGAAUUUGCAGCAUCAUCCCUCUGUCCCAUCUUAAACCCGGAACGCUAUUUGUCUCAAGGACGAAAAAACUGAUGAGAACAAGAAGAAUGACUCCUCUGUGAUGAAUACAAACACCCAUUUUAUGUUUUCCUUUUUCCAGGUUUGGAGAAAUCUUGAAGAGAAAAACCUGAGAAGGUGCCAGAGGGUUUGUAUUGUGUUGCAAGAAAAAGAGCGGUGCUUGGUUCAUCUUUCAACUGGGGUUUGGGAUGGGCUUAUAUAAAUGAGCAACAUACAUGUGUGUGUAUGUGUAUGUGUAUAUAUUAUAUAUAUAUGAACAAAAGGGGAACUGGAAGAGCAAAAGAGCAAGUAGGGAAGCUUGUUGGAUUCACUUCUUAAGUUUGUGGUAAGAUUGGUCUGAAGGAGGCAUAAUAACAUAUAAAAACUGGUUUUGGAAUUCUCUGUUCUGGCAGGUUUGAACAACAUGUGUGUGUAUGUGUGUCUAUCAUAUGCAACACAUAUACUUUUAUCUAUACAUAUACAUUAAUAUA